ACUAGAUGUUACUUUGUAACACAGUGUUGCUUCAGACAGUAAUAGUUUCUGUUAUGCGCAGCUGCUGUUCCAGCCACGAUGCUCGCCCUCAUUAUUUUCCUCUCCUCAUCAGUCGAACUACUCACUGCAGAGCCCAUACAUGCUUUUGUGAUCCCCCACAGUCACAUGGAUGUGGGCUGGGUGUACACAGUGCAGGAAAGCAUGCACGCCUAUGCUGCUAACGUCUACACUACAGUUGUAAAAGAAUUAGCAAUUGAUUCCAGACGGAAAUUUAUAGUAGUAGAACAGGAAUUCUUUCGCUUGUGGUGGGACGGGGUAGCUGAUGAUUUGCAAAAACAACAGGUGAAGCAGUUGGUUCUUAAUGGACAACUAGAGUUUAUUAUUGGAGGUCAGGUGAUGCACGAUGAAGCAGUCACUGCCAUAGACGAUCAGAUUUUACAGUUAACAGAAGGACAUGGAUUUCUGUAUGAAACCUUUGGAGUGAGGCCUCAGUUCUCCUGGCAUGUGGAUCCUUUUGGUGCUUCAGCUACAACACCUACGUUAUUUGCUAUGGCUGGUUUUAAUGCUCAUCUCAUUUCCCGCAUUGAUUAUGAUAUCAAAGCUGAGAUGCAAAAUGCCAAGAAGCUACAGUUUGUUUGGAGAGGAUCCCCUUCUUUGUCAGAGAAGCAGGAGAUUUUCACUCAUGUAAUGGACCAAUACAGCUACUGUACUCCCCCAUAUUUGCCGUUUUCUAAAAGAUCAGGUUUUUACUGGAAUGGAAUUGCACUUUUUCCUGAUCCACCCAAGGACGGUAUAUACCCAAGUAUGAGUCUUCCAGUAACAAAUGAUAACAUCCGUCUAUAUGCAGAAACAAUGGUGCAAAAUAUUAAAGAGAGAGCAGGGUGGUUUAGAAGUAAUGAUGUCCUUUGGCCUUGGGGAUGUGACAAGCAGUUCUUCAAUUCUUCUGUCCAGUUUCCUAAUAUGGAUAUGUUGCUUAAUUACAUAAACAGUCGUCCAGAGUAUGGAAUCUAUGUACAGUAUGCAACACUUGGAGAUUAUUUUAAGAGCAUUUAUAGCAGAAACUUCACUUGGGAGGUUCAAAAUAACCAAGAUUUCCUUCCAUAUUCAUCAGACUUAUCCCAAGCAUGGACAGGGUUCUAUGCAUCCCGCAAUAUAUUAAAAGGAAUUGCACGGAGGGCCAGUGCGUUGUUGUAUGCAGGGGAAUCUGCUUUCACUAGGUAUAUUUUAAAGCAUUCAUCUGGCCCACUAUCUAAAAUGUGGGCGCUACAGCAGUUGCAAAGCCUUCGUUGGGCAGUCUCAGAGGUCCAGCAUCAUGAUGGAAUAACAGGCACAGAGUCCCCCAAAGUUAGAGACAUGUAUUUGAAAAAUCUAUUUCAAGGAAUGAUAGGAGUCCGAAAACUUAUGGAACUCAUAGUUCAAAAUUGGGCAGUCACUGACAAGAGCAAGAAUGGAGAUGAUCUAAUGCAUAUUACAGUGUACAACCCUUUGGCAUGGGAAGUUACCACAGUUGUUACCAUUUCACUGAAUGUCUCGGCCAUCGGUGUAUAUGAUGAGUUUGGACAUCCAGUUCCAGCGCAGAUUCAGAAAUCUGCUGACUCAAACCAUGUUUUUGAUUUGUAUGUGCUUGUCACUCUGGAUGGGCUAAGCUAUGGAAGAUAUACUAUAAGACAAGGGAGCCCUGACACUGGCACGGACAACCUUGCAAUUGGAAGAUUGAUGACCUUUGAAAAAAAAUCAGCACGCAGCAAAUCCAAGCACAAAGCAAACUUGAUUCCUCUGAUAAAUGAUUGUUACAUUGUUUGGAUUGACCAAAACUCUAACCUACUGCAUGGAAUAACCGACAGAGAGAAGAAUAAUAACAUUACGAUGACCCAGGAAUUUCUAGAGUACCAUGCCAAUGGAGAUAUUGGUACUGGUCCAAUUUCCGAUAACUACUUGUUCACAGCAAAAGGACCGGCUUUACCAGUUGCAAAGGCUGUGGGACUAGAAAUUAUAUUCGGGAAGCUGGUGACUGAAAUAAGACAAUAUUUUUACAGCAAUAUCACUACACAGAACUAUCUGUAUGCAAUAUUUUCAAGAAUCUACAAUGCUCCAGAUGAUUAUGACAAGACUCUCCUUUGCCAUCACAUAGAGCAGCAGUAUAGAGUUGGGCCACUGGAACUUAAUCGGGAGUCCAUUAUAAGAACAAGCACUGAUAUACAAACGGAUAAAAGGAUUUACACCGAUGACAAUGCAUAUCAAAUGCAAAUGAGGCAAUUCAAGACAUAUACCAGCAACACUGUGGCAAGGAACUAUUAUCCAAUGGUUCGAACAGCCUACAUAGAAGACAACAGUACUCGGCUUGUCUUUCUAACUGAAAGGUCUCAUGGAAUCUCAAGUCUGGAGAAUGGUCAAGUUGAGAUUAUGUUGCACAGACGAUUGUGGAAUAACCUUGAAUGGGACCUAAAUUACAAUCUAACAUUAAAUGAUACCUCGGUAGUUAGGCCAACCAUUUGGCUCAUAUUAGGAUCCAAAGAGUUGACUGGCUCAUUGUACCAGAGGUUUGGGAUGGCACUUGAACAUAAACCAUUAGUUAUAUAUAACCAUCUAACAGGAAAUGGAUCAACAUAUAACAAGACAUCACGUAAAACCACUGAUAUGAAUGUUACAUUACCCCCAAAUAUUCAUCUUCAAAUUCUAAGCAUUCCAGGUUGGAAAUAUUCUUCAAAUCACACAGAACAUAUUGAGAAGAUAUAUAAAGGAAAAGUAUAUGAAAAAGAGGCAGAUUUUCACCGUGUACUUCUUCGAAUACAGCAUUUGUAUGAGAUUGAUGAAGACCCCAUCCUUUCCAAGCCUGUAGCGUUAAACCUCCAGAACCUACUAAGAGGUUUGGGAACAGUGGUAUUUGUGGAAAAUCGAUCUUUGACCGGAACUUGGGCUGUAAAUGACAUGAGUCGAUGGAAGUGGAAUACCAAGCAAGUGAAUCAUGAUGAUCGCAUGGAACAUAACCUAAGGACAAAAGACUUUAUUCUGGUUGUCUACCCUAAAGAAAUAAAAACUCUAUUUGUGUAUUUUCAGGAAUCUUCUGAAACUGACAUGGAAUAGCCAAAAUAAUUGAAUUAGAUAUUAAAUGCAAAGUUAAAUAUUUGUUGUAGCUUUCUUGACCACUCUAAAGUAGACAAAGUUGAUAUCACAGUAGACUGUGGUAUUUGCCUGUUCUGUAUUGGUACCUUUUUACUUUACUAAGCACUGUAACCUCGUCAUGAUUGUAAAUAUAACUGUAAGUUAAUUAUACAAAAUUAAGCAAAUGCACUGACCAAAAGUGUCUUUCACUAUUGUUAACCGGCAGAUAUUGCACUUGUAUAAAGAAAUCUCAACAUAUAUCUCAGGUAUGUUAUUGAUUUAAUAGAGAAGAAAGAAAAUCUUGCUGUUUGAAAAAGGGAAUACUUUUCCUGGUCAAAUUACGUGAGACCUCUUUCAUACAGUGCUCUAUAGCAUAUUAAAAACAUUAUGAGGUCCAUCACAAUUCUUUAGGAAACUUUAUCUAAUAGAUAUCAAAUUAUUUAUCUACAAAACUCUCCAUAGACACAAUCAGAAUUUUCCAACACUUUUUAAAUGAGUCCCAUUUCUACCGAUCACAAAGUUGUUUAUAAUUAUCUAGAUCUUUUUCAAACAGUUUUGACUUUUCAAAUUCAAGAGCUAAGAUAAGCUGAUACAGCCCCAGAUAACAUAUUACUAGCUACUUCUUUCUUUAUCAAUUACAUUUCACAAAAUAUUAAUAAGAAGCACAAACAAUAACACAACUAACACACAUGCCCACUGUACCCACUGUGCCCAUAAUUCCCGGCUCUAAACCCUUAGAGAAACUUAUAUUUCUAUACUUUGUCACAUAAGUUAAUUGCGCACACAUCAUCAAUUAACAUCACAACACACCAUAACAAGGAUUAAAGGGACACUAAAUACAUUUCAGGCACUAAUCAUGGGUGCUGUCAUCAUGGAAUAUAGAUAUUGCCCAGGGGUGUACCUUGGCAAACAAGGCACUUGUCAAGGGCAGCAGAUUGGGAGGGGCAGCACUUUUUUUGUGGCUAUAUUUUUAAGAAGCUUACAGUUAUUUUAGAAAUAUUAUACAGGUAUAUAAUGGAAGAUUUUGCCCUAAAGAGCUUGCAUUAUAGGGGGGUAUAAUAAGAGACUGCAUUGGAAAUGCCAUAAAAAAAAUCCACAUUACCCCCAGACCAAACAAUAUUGUGGCCAAAAUAGGCCUAAAACUUUUUUUUGUUGGGGGGGCAGCAGAAUUUUGAGCGCCUAGGGCAGAAAAAGACCUAAAUACUGAUAACGCCUUUACUACCCAUUGCCCAGCUUUAUAUAACCAAUAUUGUGAUAUUAAUAUACUUUAUAACCUCUAAAUCUUUGCCUGUACCUAAGCCCUUGCAGGCCGCCUCUUGUUCACGUGUGCCAUGUAGAAAACAUUGUGCUCACUCCUGUGGAGAAUGGUAAUUUGUAGGCAGGAACUAGCACUAAUUGGCUAAAUUGCAAGUAACCAUGCUGGUUAUGCUAAACUGAGGAAUGAACAAUAAAGGGAUUAUCUAUCUUUUUAAACAAUAAACAUUUUCAAGUAGACUGUCCCUUUAAUGCUGAUAGGUUUAUAGUGACUUCAUGCUAAUAGGAAAUGCUAACAAACCAAUAAGCGUUUGUUGGAAGUGUACAACUGAUACUAGUACAUUUCUUUAAAGUUAUAUGAAACAUAAAAAAAAAGUAUUUUGUGAUUCAGAUAGAGCAUGUGAUUUUAAACAACUUUCCAAUUUACGUCUAUUACCAUUCUUUGUCUAUAACCAGAUCUUUGUUCUUUUAGUAUCUUUUAUUGAAAAGUAGGGCAUAAGCUCAGGAGACAGCCCACGUUUGCAGCAGUAUAUGGCAGCAGUUUUGCAAAAAAUGUUAUCUAUUUGCAAGAGUACUAUUUCCUGCCAGGUAGAGCUCAAGACAGCUACCAUGGUAUCUCUUCAACAAAGAAUAAAGUGGGAACAAAGCAAAUUUGAUAGUAGCAGUAAAUUGGAAACUUCCUUUUUUUUUUUAAAUUAUAUGUUCUGUCUCAAUCACAAAUGUUGGGGUUUCACAUCCCUUUAAAUGUAAAUACUUUUAUGAAAAUGCUUUAUGUUUAAAUUUUGCUCUUUCUUUCUUUUUUUCUGUGUACAAUGUCCCUUUUAAAUGGGUCAAUUAAAAUAACCACAUUUUUUUAGAGGUAUUUAACAGCAAAAACAGGCAAAAAAAUGAAUGUAUUUUGUAAUGUUGUUUUUUUCUUAAUUAAACAUGUUUUAGCCAUUCA